AUGGCCUUAGCAGCCUUCCUAGCCGAGCUCCAAGCAGAAGCCAGCUGCCCCAUGUGCCUGGACUACCUGAGGGACCCAGUGACCACUGACUGCGGGCACAACUUCUGUGGCUCCUGCAUCCGCCAGUGCUGGGAAGACCUGCAGGACGUCUUCCCCUGUCCCGUCUGCCUCCACCACUGCCCUGACUACAGCCUCAAGAGGAACCCCCAGCUGUGCCACAUGAGUGACAUUGUUAAGCAGCUUCCCACCACGAGGAGCAAGAGGAGGUGGCAGGAAGAGAAAGCCCUGUGUGAGCAGCACAGUCAGGUGCUGGACCUGUUCUGUGAGAAGGACCUGGAGCUCUUGUGUCCCCAGUGCAGGGUCACAUCUGAGCACCGGGAUCACCUCCUGAUGCCCAUUGAGCAAGCUGCAGCUUCUCUCAGAAAGAGGCUGAAAAGCUACAUUGAGCCCCUGAGGAAGCAAACAGAAGAUGCUGAGAUGGGGAGAGAUGCCCAACUCUCAACCUCCAUUGCGUUGAGGACAAAGUACAUCGGCCUGCAGAAAGUGAUCGACGCGUUUAAGGCGGAGUUGACACUAGAUCCUGAGACUGCCCAUCCCAAUCUGAUCAUCUCAGAAGACAGAAAAGGUGUCGCCUAUGGAAAGAGAACACAGAACGUUCCUUCCAAUCCCAGGAGAUUUACGUCCUACCCCGCUGUCCUGAGUGCUGAAGGAUUUGCCGCAGCUCUUCAUACCCCCAGCAAGGAUGUGUGA